AUGCUGCGGGCGCGCGAGGCGGCGCAGUUCCUGCGGCCCAGGCAGCGCCGCGCGUACCAGGUCUUCGAGGAGGCAAAGCAGGGCCACCUGGAAAGGGAAUGCGUCGAGGAGUUGUGCAGCAAGGAGGAGGCCCGGGAGGUGUUCGAGAACGACCCCGAGACGGAAUAUUUUUAUCCGAGAUACUUAGACUGCAUUAAUAAAUAUGGAUCUCCAUACACAAAACACCCAGAUUUUGUCAAAUGCGUUCAAAACCUGCCUGACCAGUGCUCUCCAAACCCCUGCAAUAAGGAGGGGACCCAAGUUUGCCAAGACCUCAUGGGCAACUUCUAUUGCCAGUGCAAAGCCGGCUGGGGGGGAAGGCUCUGUGACAAAGAUGUCAACGAAUGCAGCCAGAAGAACGGGGGGUGCAACCAAAUAUGCUACAACAAGCCAGGCAGCUUCCACUGUGCCUGCUACAGCGGCUAUGAGCUCUCCCAGGACAGCAGGAACUGCCAAGACAUAGAUGAAUGUGCAGAUGCAGAUGCCUGUGGGGAGGCGCACUGCAGGAACCUGCCAGGCUCCUAUUCCUGCCUGUGCGACGAGGGCUACGCGUUCAGUUCCCAGGAGAAGGCCUGCCGAGAUGUGGACGAGUGUGCAGAGGGACGCUGCGAGCAGGCCUGCGUCAACUCCCCAGGGACCUACACCUGCCACUGCAACGGCCGCGGGGGCCUCAAGCUGUCCCAUGACAUGAACACCUGCGAGGACAUUUUGCCCUGUGUGCCUUUCAAUGUGGCCAAAAGUGUGAAGUCCUUGUACCUGGGCCGCAUGUUCAGUGGAACACCAGUGAUCAGACUGCGCUUCAAAAGGUUGCAGCCCACGAGAUUGGUGGCCGAGUUUGACUUCAGGACCUUUGACCCCGAAGGCAUCCUCUUCUUUGCUGGCGGCCAUCAAGGCAACAACUGGAUUGUCCUGGGCCUGCGGGCCGGCCGGCUGGAGCUGCAGCUCCGCUACCAUGGCAUCGGCCGCGUCACCAGCAGCGGGCCCGUCAUCAACCACGGCAUGUGGCAGACGAUCUCCAUUGAGGAGUUGGAACAGAAUCUGGUCGUCAAGGUGAACAAGGAUGCUGUUAUGAGGAUCGUGGUGGCUGGGGAUCUGUUUCAGCAGGACAGAGGACUAUACCAUCUCAACCUUACCGUGGGAGGCAUUCCCUUCAAGGAGAAAGACCUCAUCCAGCCUAUAAACCCCCGCCUGGAUGGCUGCAUGAGGAGCUGGAACCUGAUGAACGGUGAAGACAUCACCAUCCAAGAAACAGUAAAAAUGAACACGAAAAUGCAGUGCUUCUCUGUGACAGAGAAAGGAUCCUUCUACCCUGGGAAUGGGUUUGCUUUCUACAGCCUUGAUUAUGCACGUACAUCCCCAGACGUCGGGACCGAAACCACCUGGGAAAUAGAGGUCAUGGCUCGGAUCCGCCCCGCCACUGACACAGGGGUGCUGUUUGCGCUGGUGGGUGAUGACCACACUGUCACCCUCUCUGUGGCCCUGGUCGACUACCACUCCACCAAGAAGCUCAAAAAACAGCUGGUCGUCUUGGCUGUGGAGAAUGUCACCCUAGCCCUCAUGGAGAUCAAGGUCUGUGACAGCCAAGAACACGUGGUGACCGUCUCUGUGAAGAAGGGUGGGGCCACCCUGGCUGUUGACGGCACCAAAGGCCAGAGUGAAGUGAGCCCUGCAGAGCUGCAGGAGAAGCUGGCCGUCCUUGGGAGGCACCUACAGGGCCCUCUGCUCACCUUCAUCGGGGGACUGCCAGAUGUGCCAGUGACCUCAGCGCCAGUCACAGCUUUCUACCACGGCUGCAUGACGCUAGAGGUCAACCAGAAGGCGCUGGACCUGGACGAGGCCGCCUACAAGCACAGCGACAUCACGUCACACUCCUGUCCUCCGGUCAAGCAGGCUGCCCCCUAGACUGAUCGCUGCUGCAGGAUGAGAGGCCGCAAAGCGCUCCACGCUUCCUUUUCAAAACAAGUGAAAAGGGAAGGCACCCCAGCCCACCCCACGCGAGCAGCUCCCCAAACACUGAAUCCUCGCGAGCUGAGUUUCUUUUGAGACCUUUAUCUUGUAAUAUAAGUGUAAAUAGUUGUGAAGACUAAUGUUAAUGACCCAGAAACACACCCCGAGCCCCAGAGUGUCCUGCGUGCAGCUGGGCUCCAAGGAGCCGACCUGAGGGUGGAGGAGGGAGGCCUGCACAAGCCAAGGGGACCCAGGAACAUAAUUCUGUUAUUUUUAUUACAAAAUGCUUCUUUCUGACCUAAAAAUAUAGAAAAAUAAAAUAUUUACAGAAAC